GUUAUUAUUCUUGAAGCUCGUGUAUAUAUGGUGUGCUAUGGAUAGAGCUUGCGAAAGGAACCAACUCCCUGCAAAUACCCUCCAUUAAUUGCUUCCAAUUUCCAAAAAUUAUUAAUUCCACCCUCAAAUCUUUAAUCAAAAUGAGUGAGAAAGAAGCUAAUGAGAAGAAGGUCGUUGAUGAGAGUGGAAAGAAGAAAGUUGAUGAUGUUCCAAUAACCAUUGUUCUAAAGCUCGACUUGCAUUGUGAUGGGUGUGCCAAAAAGAUCAAAAAAUCCAUUCGUCACUUAGAAGGUGUUGAAACUGUGAAAGCUGAUUAUAUGAGCAACAAGUUAACAAUAACUGGAAAAGUGAAUCUUAUGUAUAUUAAGGAACGGGUUGAAUACAAGACCAAAAAGAAGGUGGAAAUAAUCUCUCCCAAACCCAAAAAGGAUGAAGGAGAUGAAAAGAAAGCUGAUGAUAAACAAGCAUCCAACGACCAAAAACCCAAAGAGGCUCAAUCAACUACUGUGCUGUUGAAGAUUCCACUACACUGCGAUGGUUGCAUACACAAAAUUAAACGACUCAUAUCAAAGAUUGAUGGAGUAAAGUCGGUAAAAGUAGAAAAUGACAAGAAUUUGGUGAUUGUGAAAGGAACAAUGAAUAUGAAAGAACUUAUACCAUACUUAAAAGAAAAACUGAAAAGAAACGUCGACUUGGUCCCUCCACCUAAGAAAGAAGAAAGCAAGGGUACUGAUGAGAAAAAAGAUGAAAAGAAGGUCGAAGUCGAAGGAGGUGGUGAUAAAAAAGAGAAAGAAGGUGGCAACGAUGGUGAUGAUAAGAAGAAAACCGAUGUGGGAAAACCGACAGACAAUAGUACUGAAGGUGGCGAGAAGAAGAAAAACGACGAUGAGGUGAUCACAGCCAAAGCCCCAAGUGGUGGCAAUGAAAAGAAAAAGUCAGCCGAUGAGGCACAAACGGCCGUAGGUGGUGGUGGUGGUGGAGAGCAGAGCAAAAAUGUAGAAGUGGCAAACAAAUUUGAGUAUUACAGAAAUGAUAAUCCGUAUGUAUACACGAUGCCUGUCUAUAAUCAGAGUUAUCAUAAUCAAGAUUAUGGUGUUUCAGUCUCUUCGAGCAUGCAUGGUUAUGCAAAUGAAGGCUAUGUCAUGGAAUACUUACGUGGGCCUCCGCUUCCUCCUUCACCCAUGUCUCUCCACAAUCCUCGUGCUUCAGAGACCGAUAUAUUCAGUGUGGAGAAUCCUAAUGCUUGUUCAGUCAUGUGAUGCAGACAUGAUCAACGAUGUAUGCUAGGCAAUAAUAAGCAUGUCAUGCAGAAAUGUAUGUAGAUCGAUGAGUUGAUAGUUAUUGUAAAUUAUUAUUAAUAGUAUAAAUUAAUAGAGA